CUGACGUUUAGAGAUGGACACGCCCACGUCUAAACAGCCUCGAGGAUCCGGUCUCGUGACAUCAUUUAUUCUCGCCAGCUGAUGACAAAGAUAGUCGUUUCAUACAAUGUCAGUUUGUUAAUAUAAUAUAAGCGAUAUUUUGGAGGUUAAAAAAAAACUGCAACGACCGCUGACACAAGAUGUUGUCUCGUUUACUGAAGGAGCAUCAGGCGAAGCAGAAUGAGCGAAAGGAGCUGCAGGAGAGACGCAGACGUGAAGCUAUCGCUGCGGCGACCUGUUUGACUGAAGCUCUGGUAGACCAUCUCAACGUCGGUGUUGCACAGGCUUACGUAAACCAACGCAAGCUGGAUCAUGAGGUGAAGACGCUUCAAGUGCAGGCGAGCCAGUUCUCCAAACAGACCGCUCAGUGGAUCAGCAUGGUGGAAGGAUUCAACCAAGCUCUAAAGGAAAUCGGAGACGUGGAGAACUGGGCUCGCAGUAUUGAGAUGGACAUGAGGACAAUCGCCACAGCCCUGGAGUAUGUGCACAAGGGUCAGCUGCAGUCUGCUUGCUCAUAAGCUGUGUGAUGUUUGCGUGGGAUGUUUACAGAUAAAAGUAAAUGCACUGGAACAGAAAUGUAGAUGAUCGGGUCCAGUCGGGCCUUGUCAGCACAAGAUCAAUGGCAGCGUUUAUUUUGCUCCCGGCAGCCGGCAGCCAGCCGCUGGCGGACGGUCACAGCAGUCUGAAGAGUGUGGAAAGUGUGUCAUGUUCGAUACUCCAGACGAUCACAGCUCCGCUUAAGGUCCUGUCUUAGCAACAGUAUUGACAGAAUUGCAAGAUGUUGCUCAAAGGUCAAGCUUGUUUGUAAUAUUGUGAUAGAGAGGACACUUUCCUGUAACAACAACGUUUGGUAGUGAAGGAUUUGUCAUGAAAUUUGGGUAAAAGUCAAAUCCAUGUGGCUUUGUGAAGGUGUUGCAUGCACAGAAUUGGUUGUAUUAUAAAACAGACAAAUUGUUUAUCAAUGUAUUUAAAAAGUUCCCCCUCAUUGCCUGCUAUGCCUGACAUGUUUAUGAAUUAUGUGACCGUGCAAACUGAGGACUGUAUUUGGCUUUGAAUGUUGGUCCGAUGUAUUAAAGGAACUUUAUUUUUUAUUAAAGAUGGAAAAAAGCAAUA